AUGCCACCCAAAGAAAGGCAGCGAAACACAACCGUGGCGAAUUUUCCAGAUGAGCAGCAGGUUCUACUACGGCGCUCCCGAAGAAUAAACCAGAACGCCGCCACGCCAAUGGAAAUUGAAAGUCAGGAUGGACCAGAGAGGUUCGCGCCUUGGUAUACUCUUUUUCAGCAAAUCAGGAGAGAUAAUCGGAAUCAUCAGCAAAAUGACACGAUCCUUGUCCCAGUAGCGAACGACCACCUACAACAAGCAGAAAACGACAUUCUGAAAGAUAUAAACCGCUCCAUGAGUGUUGCUCCCAAGAUCUUCGAUAACCACCUCGUCCCCUCAAAUGAUUAUCCGGCUGUACAACUGCGCAACGGCGUUCUCACACUGGAUUUGUCCAGGCCACCGAAGAACUUGGAAUGGCUACGAGUGAAACUCAGGUCUGCACGCCAUGUGCCCGACUGGCCUACCAACAAGUGGCAGUCUUACACGAUGCAUUCUUACAGGUGCACAACAAAACAUGCCAUCAUGUGCGAAAUGAUGGCAUUGUUCCGAGAUUUUCCAAAGCAGCCCGAGUACAUCAGAUCAUUCUACCAACGCUUCGAUGAGUUCCCCGAAUACGCGGAUAUUUCUCGAGGAAUCGAGAAACCUUGUCCCGGAUUCGCUCAAGGCUUUAGCGUGGAAGCUUACCCGUGUGUGAAAAUUGAGUAUAUAUCGGCGGCCGUAUGCGUCUCUCACGAUCAUGCUUCUCUUGUUCACCCACACCUCGCCGGCGAUUUUACGGCCGGAGAUGUCAACGAUCUAGAGGCAGUCAGCGCGCGCCAUGGAGCGGCACUCGUCUACAUGAGGAAUCUGGCUUUAGCCCACAUGGGGGUAGAAGUCAUAAAAGACUUUGCUGGAAUCAUAACAUUUACCACGAACGGCACGUACAUCAACUUCUUUGCGCACUAUGCGUCCACCUCGGUUGAGGGCAAGGUGGAAUAUCACCAAUACCCUAUUGCAUCGGUGAACCUGAUGAGAUCUUAUCCUGAGUUUAUUCGGGGCGUUAGCAUGCUUCGGAACUGCCAAGAUUUUGCCCUUUCGAUGGCUACUGCUCUCAAAAACGAUCUGGAGAAGUAUCAUGUGCGAGAGGGUAGCAAUGCUUGGGCUUAUCAUCUUGAAGAGGGUGACCAUAUAUUAUCGGAAAGCCAGGAUAGUGAUAUGGAGUAUGAUGAAUGCUGGGAGUAUAGAAACGAGGAUGUCACUGGUCGGAACAGAGGGUCGAGUUCUCAGAAGCGGCCGGCCGGUAAAUGUCCCGACCAGUGUCCAAGAAAGCGAAGGAGGUGA